AUGCAGCAAGUUUAUGUGCCUAAGAAGGUUGAGGUUCCCACUAUUCCCCCACCAAGAGCUAGGCCUCAAUCGGUCAUCACAAUUGGCUCCAUGGAAGCUCCUAUCACUACUCAUGAUGGGCCGAUUGUAAUUGAAGAAAUUCUAGCAUCUAAGCAAGAUGAAGCUCCUAAUGAUGUUGCUGGAGUUGAAGAGAAGAAACGCGUUGAAGGAGAUUCCAAGUACCGGCAACCCGUAUGGUGUCCUCGUGGGUUGAAUAAAACUCAACGGCACAAAUUGCAGCAUGUCCUGCAUAAGCAACAGAAGAGGGAGAAGCUUGCCAAGAUGGAAGAUAAAAUCUUCCACCUCAGACAUGUUGAAAUCCCUCCAGAAGAUGACUCCACGGUGAUAGAGUUUAACUUUGCAAUAGAGAGCGAUGUAUUUUAA